AUGAUAUUCGGCAUGGCAAUCACUCCUGGAGAGGUGACCACUUCUCUCAUAAUUUGGGGGAUGGUUUUUGUUUUUGUAAGAGCCCUAAGGAGCAAAGGGAGAAAGCGGGUGUCUCCUCCUGGCCCGUGGUCCUUCCCCAUCAUAGGAAAUCUUCUUCAGCUUGGAGACCAUCCUUACCUUACAUUCAUGGAGACGAGGAAGAAAUACGGAAAUGUCUUUCUCAUCAGACUUGGCAUGGUGCCUGUCCUGGUGGUGAAUGGGAUGGAAAUGGUGAAACAAGUACUACUCAAAGUUGGAGAGGGCUUCCCUGAUGGAGAACAUUUUUCAGGCCGACCUAACAUGCAUACAUUCUCUUUCCUGGCAGAAGGAAAGAGUCUUACGUUUUCGGUCAAUUAUGGAGAGAGCUGGAAGCUUCAUAAGAAAACUGCUUCCAAUGCUUCAACAUUUUCUAAAGCAGAAGCAAAAUGCUCCACUUGCUUUUGCUUACUUGAGAAACAUGUCAUUGAGGUAGUUUCUGAGCUGGUAAAAGUCUCUGCAGAGUUGACUUCCAAGAAUGGCAGCUUUGACCCCAGAGGUGCUAUUACGUGUGCAGUGGCCAACGUUGUCUGUGCCCUUUGUUUGGGCAAGAGAUGUGACCACAGUGAUGAGGAGUUUCUUAGAAUAGUUAAAGAGAAUGAUGACUUACUCAAGGCCUCCAACGCUGCGAAUCCUGCCGAUUUCGUACUGUGUUUCUGCUACCUUCCACUGCGAAUUAUAAAUUCUCCCCAGGAGUUUUAUCAGGCCCUGAAUCAGUUUAUUGCUCUACAUGUACAAGAUCAUCUUACAACAUAUGAUAAGGACUAUAUCCAAGAUAGCACUGAUGCUCUGAAUAAUACAUGCCACAACAAAUAUGCUGCUACCAAAACAGCCACCUUAAAUGAUGAUGAAAUCAUAAGCACUGUGAAUGACCUCUUUGGAGCUGAGUUUGAAACAAUAUCAACAUGUCUAUAUUGGAGCUUUCUUUAUUUGAUACACUAUCCAGAAAUUCAAGCCAAAAUUCAAGAAGAAAUUGAUGGAAACAUUGGGAUGAAAUCAACCAGGUUUGAAGACAGGAAAAUUUUACCCUCCACAGAAGCUUUCAUAAAUGAAAUAUUCAGACAUGCCUCCUUUCUUCCUUUUACUGUUCUUCAUUGUACUACAUCAGAUACUACUCUGAAUGGUUAUUUCAUUCCCAGGAAAACAUGCACCUUUAUUAACAUGUAUCAAGUAAAUCAUGAUGAAACUAUUUGGGAUAAUCCCAAUUUAUUUAGACCUGAGAGAUUUCUAUAUGAAAACAUGGAACUGAAUAGAAUUGUUGAGAAGGUGUUGACUUUUGGAAUGGGAAUCCGGAAGUGUCUCAGAGAAGAUGUUGCACGAAAUGAGAUAUUCAUUUUCUUCACCACAGUUCUGCAGCAGCUCCAGCUGGAGAAGUGCCCAGAAGCCGAGCUUGACCUGACACCCAUGUAUGGCUUAGCCAUGAAGCCAACACCAUACCAACUUCAAGUAGAGACCCGCUGCACAGGUAGUUCCUGUUCAUCGAUUCUCAGACUGGGUGGAGGGUUUCUUGUUUAAUUCAGAAAAAUUAUGGGCUUCAAAUUCAUUUAA